GUAAUCAACUUCCCUAUUAGUGAGCCCGCAGGCUGGAUUAUUGAUGUACUGUACAGCUUCCUGCAAAUAGAUAAAACAACAUUCACAAAUACUACUAACGCAUAAAAGGUGUGGACCCGAUGGAGGACAGUGAAGAGCCACUGGAAAGUCAUCAGUUAGACCUCGGGGAGAAGGAGGAGGAAAGCUUCAGGCCUCGCAGUUUUGGACCAGGAUGGAUGAAAUUACUCGGCUGUUGGGCAGCAUAGAGCGUAAACGCACCGAAAGCGUUUCCACACAGUCAACGGGCAGCAAACUGGCCCUGCUCCAUCGGCUUCACCAGCUGAUGACCUGCGUCGAGGACUUGAACCCCAAAAACGAGCUGCACGAGAAGGUGGUCAAGACCCUGGAUUACGCCUUCCUCGUCUGCGGCAAGAGAGCCAACAAGCCGAAGAAGGACAGCUUCAGGUUGCACAUGGUAACGUGGAAUGUGGCUACAGCUGAUCCUCCAGACGAUGUGACCACACUUCUCCACCUGAACUCUCCAAAGAGCCCUGACCUUUACGUCAUUGGUCUGCAGGAAGUGUACUCUGGCCCGUUGAGGUUUGUGUCAGAUGCUGUGUUCGAUGACCCGUGGAGUUAUCUAUUGAUGUCGCUUUUAGCGCCACAGAAGUACAUCAAGGUGUCGUCCAUAAGAAUGCAGGGCCUGCUGCUGCUCUUCUUCUCCAAGCUGGAGCACGUCCCCUUCAUCAGAGACGUCCAGGCGACGUACACACGCACAGGCCUCUUUGGUUACUGGGGUAAUAAAGGCGGCGUCUCCAUCCGAUUAUCUUUCUAUGGCCACACACUCUGCUUCCUUAACUGCCACUUGGCUGCUCAUAUGAACUAUGCCUCAGAGAGGGUGGAUGAGUUUGAGUAUAUCAUGGACAUGCAGAGCUUUGACUGUAAAAGAGCUCCAACUAUUGUUGAUCACAGAUUGGUUUUCUGGUUUGGAGAUCUCAACUUCCGAAUUCAGGACCACGGCAUGCACUUUGUCCGCACCUGCAUCGACAAGCAGAACUACAGCCUGCUGUGGAGCAAAGACCAGCUGAUCAUGAUGAAGCAGAAGGAGCAGGUGUUGCAGGAGUUUGAGGAGGGGCCUCUGGACUUUCAGCCCACAUAUAAGUUUGACCGUAGCUCUGAUACUUAUGACACCAGACUCUACAACACAUGGUUUGGCUUUAAUGCUAAGAAGCGUAAGCCUGCCUGGACUGACAGGAUUCUGUGGCGACUCCGACCCAAAGCCCUGCCCCCGGAUGAGGAAAAUGAAAACAAAGUUGGGCUAGAUGCAAAGAAGCUCAAGCAGCUGGAAGAGGACAUGGAGUACCCCCUGAAAAUCAGACAGGACGUGUACACCAGCAUCAUGGAGUACAGCAUCAGUGACCACAAGCCUGUCAUUGGUAUCUUCACACUGGAGCUGAGGAAGAUGUACGAGACUCCUCUGGUGCGUCUGCGGGCAGAGGGCGACUGGAGCGCAGAUAUUGAUGCCAUGGUGGUCUACAGCCCUCUGCAGCCAUUCCCCUCCAGUACUUGGGACUGGAUCGGCCUCUAUAAGGUUGGUUUCAGCAGCGUGUCAGACUACAUCACCUACACGUGGGUCAAAGACGACGAGGUGGCCUUCAACGAGGAGGUUAUACAGGUUUAUGUAAGUAAGGAGGAAAUCCCCGUGCAGGGAGGAGACUGCGUGCUGUGCUACUACUGUAACGCUCUGAAGUGCAUCAUUGGAAUAAGUGAACCAUUCCAGGUCCAAGCAUCCAAGGUAGCCAUUGAGGAAGGCAUGCUGCCUGAAAGGAUCAAUGGACUCGACAAAGCUGUGUCUGGUGAUGACUUUUAGAACUGAAGUGUCAAAAGUCUUAGAUUUGGGAAACUGUAAGGUUUUCUGUCGCAUUUCUUAACCUGCAGCUGAAAAAGCAACUUAGGAACUGUUCUCUCUUUUCCCCAUCUGCACCACUGAUCUUUCUAAUGCUACCAGUGAGGCUGUUUUGUCAUUUACUCCUCAGCAGUCAAACGCAUUAAAAUGGAAGCUCACAUUUAAAUUGGCAUCAUGUUGAGCAAAGAAAUUUGACUCUUCUUUUAGUCUUUAUGAGUAAAAAUAAAUAAGAUGGAAUGCUUAGAUUUUACCAAAUAUGUUUGUGUCACAAUGGAUGGGUGAAGAAUAUUUUAGGGUUUGUGAUACUCAAGGAAAUGGUUAAGGCCUGAUUAUCCACAAACCACUGCAGAUACAAUUACUCAUUCUUGUACUGUUUUUUUUUUUUUUUUUUUUUUUAACCACACGGAUCCACUCAUUCACUCCACGAUGACCAAAGUUAUAUCACUGAGUCCACCCAGUGGACCCCCUCCACACUUACAGUAACUACAGUGGUGUUCAGAGCUAUUGCGAACCAAAGUUUCAUGUCACACCACUGUUUUUGAACUAUUUUGCAACCCACAAAUAUUCACCUCCAGUAGUUUUCAAUUUGAAGGUGUUUUCAAGACUUAACAGCUGCUCUGGGUUUAUGCUUUAUGGCUUUUGCCGCAAAGCAUAAAAACAACAACUUUUCACUGAAAUUAAAAUAUCUGACACUUCUGUUCCUAUCUCCUGAUGUGAAGAAUAUCACAAGUCAAGUCUUGCAUAGUCCAAAUGGAGGCACAUGAAAGCUUGGCUUUGUACUUGGUCUGAACACGCUACAAUGCUGUGGGAGGAAAAAUGCUCACACCUACUCUUAAGAAUAGGUUCGGCUCCAACUUCACUUUACUGCUACUGUAAUGAAAAGGAAAAGGGAACAUGAGUUAGCAAAACCCACGGUCCGUGUUUGUUUGAAGGGCACCAUGGUCACGUUCAGACUGAGUAGUUAUUCUGUGAAAAAUGAGCUGUCAGCCUGCACUGCUUACUACUUGGAGUCGAGUAUCCUCGAUGCCAGUGUGCGAACCUACACUGCUAAGUUUUUAUUUCAAUGGCAAAACCGGUGUGAUGCCAGACCAGCUGCUUACACAUUAAAAAUGUCUUAAUUUAUGGUUAGAUAAUGGCUAGUUAGAGCAACCCCUCAGAUGACAGUAGUCAAAAGAAGCUCUACGUCCACAGUCACUGCAUGUGACUGUGUAGAGGUCUGCAGGACCAGACAACUUAAAUUUCCUUUCCACUCUUCUUUAAAACAGUACAGCCAGUACAGGUAGACACAGAGUUUUUAGCUGUAAGGUAAUGAUCUUAAUCCGUACUGUCCUGAAAGCAUCGCUGAGGUACGUAAGCUGGAUCUAGUCAUGAUUUUAAAUGUUUCCUGUGUUAUUUAAAAUAUUAACUUGGCUUUUGGAAUAUCCAUCCCUGUGACUGUGAGUGCUAUUGGGAGGUGAGAUGAUUUCGUAGCUUUGAUUUCUCUCUUCUCAGUGUUUUAAUGAACUUCAGUUGCUCCUGGAGGACUUGAAAGAAAAGCUGUAUAUAUACAACUUUUUUUUUUGUUUGUUUUUUUGCUGUGGCUGAUUUUUUUUUUUUUUUUUUUGCUUUCUGCCAUCCACCUUCUGGAAGGUUCCAGUUUUAUAUAAGAAAAACAAUGAUUCCUAUCAAGGUUGAUUGUGACGUCACAGCAAAAACCUUCAAGAAAUGUUGCACUGUUUACUGUAUUUGUAGGCUCUCGUGGUAUUGUUAGUGUGAUUAAAUACUAUAUAUAAAUGUGUAGUUUUGAUUGAACCAUGUGGAUUCAACAAGUGCCUCUGACACACCGCUUUACAUUUACUGUACUGUACUAUGCUGCUUAACUUUGAUACAUGUAUCGUAACAUUGACUUGAUUACUUAAAACAUGGCAAAAUGUUUGUUGGAGAUCUUUUUGAAAUGUACAUAUUUUGCUUUGGUCUGUAGAAACAUUUCCUGAUCUGGAUUAUCAGCUGUAGAGGCGUCUCCCCCUUCUCUUGAAUUUAAAGAAACUAAAUGGCAUUUGACUCAAAGCACCAGUAAAAAAAAAGAAUAUUUACUACAUACAUGUAUAAAUACUUCCUUUAAUUGGCAGAUGUAGAGAAGAAGGAAAAUAAUUCCUGCUCACUGCUUGCAGUGACGUUUGUGGAUUGUAGUAAGGAACCGGGUUAUGGUUUAUGAAAAGAGAUGCUGCUGCUGCUGAGUGUUAAUACCAAAUUAACUUUUUGAGAUUCCAGGUUCCACUGUAUUCUCAGUAAUGUUACAUUUCUAAAACUUGGAAACCCACACCAAAAUAAUCUAGAUGACUGCUACAGUCCAGGUUAAAUAUGUGAAAAUAUGCACACUUGAUUUUUAGAGGGGACUGCCCCUUUAAAUAUUGCUGUUUUAAACUUUGAGCUAUAGAAAUACUUGUUGUGAAUGUUGCCGUUAUUGAUUUGUUGGAAUCAGUUAUACUUGCGCACACAUGCACAUAUAUAUAUAUACAUAUCAAUAAAUAUAUAUGUUUUAACUGAAGGCUGACUUAUUUUCUGAAAUGCCAAUGAAACAUACUGUAACAGAAUGCAAAUAAAUUUAUAGCUCUGAAUAUGCAAGAUUAAACCAGUGUGUUUGUUCUUGGUUCAGUGGGUGUUUCUUGUCUUUUCAGUUUCAAAGUGCAUCUGCUGUCCUCAUUUCCAGGAGCAUACUUGUAUUCUUGGACUCAGCUAAAGUAGAAAAAAAAAGAAUAAAAAAAAUCAGCUCCUCAGCUUUAAAGGUAGUUUUGGCUCACAGGGAUUACUGACAAACACUGAGCUCAUUAACAGAAAAGUUAGCAUUUGUUUAACAUGGGCACCUACAAUUGUCAUCUAAAACGUAAUAUUAUUUUGGAACGUAGCAUUUUUGGAAUCUUUAAUGUUCAGUUACAUUUUUAUACUAUCACAGUUUAAUAUUUCUACUUUAAAUGAUUAUACUUCUGCAUUAAAUUUCUUGCUAGUGGUUCUGAAUUUCCUUUAUUAAAGUGUAUGCUUUCACUGACAGGCUGGCUGACAGCCAUCUGCAAGGCCUCACUGAGUCACUGAACUGAACCACUCAACUGUGUUCUGUCAGUCUGUCUUGAAUUUUUAAUGAAAUUAAUUGACAAUGGCUUGCUGUGUGGUACAGCCCACCGAAGGAGUUUAGGCCUUCGUUUUUCUGAGUAUAUUGUCCAUCACUUAGCACUAAUUAGCAGAUAUACAGUGCUUAGCAUAAAUGAGUACACCCCACUACAUUUGUCAGAAAACCUUUAGUUUCCUUUCACAAUCAACAUUUCUAUGAGAUAGUAUACUACAAAAUUCUCCCACAAAUGUGGGCCAUUGAAUGCGAACAAGAUUUGUGAAUUUGCACAGACAAAAAAGUGAUUUUCCUAACAAAUUAAUUCAAGCCCAUGUGGCAAAAAUGAACACACCCCAGUUAGUCUUAGGAGAAAAGCCACACUUAAGACUACAAAAUUCGAAUGAACAGGCAUUCAACCACAGGUGAGUCUAAUGAUUCAUUUAAGAGGUGCCCAGCAAACAGGUGAUGAUAUAAGGGAAUUACUUAACAAAGAAAAGCCCAUCGUGCAGUUUUCCAACACAACAAUGAUCCAAAACACACAUCCAAAGCUUCUGUUGCUUUUCUGAGGAAGAACAGGGUGAAGGUGUUUGAGUGGCCAAGUAUGUCUCCUGAUCUGAACCCAAUCGAACACCUGUGGGAAAUUCUGAAGCGACAAGUUGAGCAUCACUCUCCAUCCAGCAUCCACUCUCUAAAAGAGGUUAUUCUUGAAGAAUCGAAAAAGAUAAUGUUGCAAUAUGUCGCCAACUUGUUCACUCCAUGCCUAGAAGACUUGGUGCUGUCCUUGAAAAUCACAGUGGUAAUACAAAAUACUAGAUGUAGUAGUUUUCUGUUGCGUGGUGUAUUUCAUUUUUGCUUCAACCAAUAAAAAUUUUGGAAAGUGUUCUUUUGUUCAUUGAGCUACUGAUUAAAUUUCUACUUUUUAAAGGGGGUGUACUCAUUUAUGCUGAGCACUGUAUGUCUGUACGUGGGAGAUGUGUGGUUUGCUUCCUAACCAAGCUUUCUAGCCUUAGCUGCCAAGUUCAAACUGACUUGAUUCAAAUCUAGUAACUCUCACAAAGAUGAGGCCUGAAAGACUCAUUUGCAAGCAGAAUAUGAAACCAUUGGUUGAAGUUACAGUUCAUGCAUUAAAUUAAAAAAUGGAAAAAAAAAAGCUUUAUGGGUUUUUCAAAUAAAAAAUAUUUAUUUGCGUUUUU